AUGGGGAAGCGUGGGCGUGAGGGGACUUUGGACAAGCCGCGCUGCCUUGCUUUUGUACAUCAGCUUUGGGACAAGGACAAGCUCAAGAUGUUUCACCACCCAAUCAGCGCUGCGGAGCUGCCGGACUACCACAAGGUCAUAAAUUAUCCCGUUGACCUGUCGACAAUUCGUCAGGGCAUUGAGUCCGGAAAGUACGACAGCGAUGCGGAUGUGCAGAACGCCGUUGCGCAGAUGAUUGCCAACGCACUGGAGUACAACGCAAAGGGGACUGAGUGGCACCAACAGGCGCUGUCGUUCCGAAACAUUUACUUGGACGUUGCAAGGCAAUGCGGGCUGAGUGUUGACGACGACGCGGCGUACAUCCCAUCGGCGGCUUUCAAGGACGAUGAGUCGACUCUACGCAAGGCGGAGAAGAAAAUUGCGGAGAAUCUCGACGUGGUACUGAAGGACCUCGAGGAGGAAAAGGCGGUGCCGCUGGAGGAGCUUAAAGCGAAGUACAAGCGUGCGAAAAAGAAGAAAGGAGGCAAGAAUGCGGAUGGGAGUGACAGCGAUGACAGCGAUGACAGCGAUGACAGCGAUGAGAGCGAAGAGAGCGAAGAGAGCGAUGAGAUCGCUGAUGACAGCGAUGAUGACAGCGAUGAUGACAGCGAUGACAGCGAUGAUAGCGAUGAAGAGAAGUUUUAUUAUGAUGAUGAGAGUGAUGAUGAAUAA